ACGACUGUAGUCCCCGAUGGCGACAUCCAGAUCCACAUGGAAUACAACGGCACCUUCUCGCAGCAUCCUUCGCCUGAGACCGACGCGGCGUGGGCCUCCCUCUUUCCCAAGGGAGUCGGUUUCGUCAAACACCCAACCCUGGCGCCCGAGCUGUCCGGGUUGGUCGUCUUCCACGCGCUGCACUGUCUCAACGCCCUGCGCGAGGUCUACUACGCCGCCGUGGACGGGCAGCUCCCCCAUGUGGCGCACGAACACGACCACAUGAAGGACCCGCACCACGUCCGGCACUGCUUCGACUACUUGCGCCAGAGUCUGAUGUGUGCGGCCGACACGAACCUCGAGCCCGUUGACAAGGAGCUCCAAGGCGUGACGGGAUGGGGGUAUAGUCGGACGUGCCGGGACUACGAGAGCGUCAAGGCGUGGGCGGAGGCACACUGGUCGAACGAUCCCUCCUAG